GAAUGUUUGGAUACAUGAAAUGUAAUUAGUCAUUCGAAACCGUGCAAAACAUUAAAAAAUAAAUCAAAUUUCACACGUGUAAUAUACAAAGCCGCCCAUUUCACCUCACGAGUAUUCUUCUAUAAUUAUCGGAUAAUCAUGGACUCAAUGUACGCUGCCUAUUUUCUUAACUACACAAAUACUUUCAAUAAAAACAUUACAUGACAUACCGUUCAUUAAGCAAUUAUAGCUGCAUCGAACUGUACUUGUGUUACGUUCACUAUCUCCGAUGAUCUUUGAACUGGCCAAAAUUAGCAGAGCCUAGCAUUUCCCGCAGAGAGUAUCAUUAGUAGGAAAAGCUCUGGAAAAGCGCUUCAUGCUUUCGUAUCACGAUUUUCUAGAAUACAGCCUCUCAUCUGGGGAAAAAAUCCAAGAUCAAAUAAAUAAAAAUCGACCAACCAUGCAGAGAUCUCUAAUGACACUUCCCUCACUAAAUAGAUUUCUGGUUGGUACUAGGGUCAAAUUUAUACCAGUGUCAAUACAAGCCGCUAAUAUCACCUCGAUUAAAUUAAACAAGGAAAUACCACCCAAGCAACCUGUUCCUGACCUAAAAAACACUAUCAAACGUUACUUAAAAUCCCUUGAGCCAUUACUAUGCGACAAGGAGUACUGCGAGAGUGAAAAAAUUGCCAAAGAAUUUGAGAAAGGUGUUGGUGCUGAAUUACAUCGCAAAUUACUGGAGCGUUACGAAAACACAGAAAACUGGAUGAACGAAUGGUUUCUGCAUGCUGCAUACCUGGGAUACAGAGUCCCUGUAAUCGUUCAUUCCAGUCCAGGGACUGUUGGUCCUUUGCAAAAAUUUACUUGCCCGGAAGAGAUGUUUAUCUUUGGAGGAAAAUUGAUUGCCGCUGUUUGUGAAUAUGAUUCUAUGAUAAAAAGUGGCAAAAUGAAACAAGAAAUGGCAGGAAAGGAUCCGCUGGACAUGCAACCAUAUGCUAUGAUACUUGGGACUCAUCGACGCCCCGACAUUCCUUUGGACCGUCAGUUGCAUACGGAUACUUCAGAUCAUAUUAUUGUGAUACACAACAAUCAUAUUUUUAAACUAAAUGUUUUCGAUGAUUCUGGCAAAAAUCGAACGCCUAUAUCCGAAAGUCAGCUUGCUGCAUCGCUCAAGGAUAUAGCUGGGCAAUCGGCUGCUGCUGGAAUACCUAUAGGAAUCUUGACAGGAAACCACAGGGAUACCUGGGCGAAGGAUCACAAAAAACUUGAGGCUUGUGGGAGUAACCGAAAAAUAUUAGAAGAUAUAGAAAAAGCAAUGUUUGUACUUUGCUUGGACAAAGCAAUGGGAAAAGAUAUUUCGGGAGAAAAGAAUUAUGAGUCUUUCAGAGCAGUGCAGAGCAUGACGGGGAUCACCUGCGAGACUAAUGCUGGGAAUCGUUGGCACGACAAAGCUGUUCAGUUCAUAGUAUCAUAUGAUGGAUUCGUCGGCAUGACUUACGAACAUAGUCCGUGUGAGGGUGUUCCAAUUGCAGUUCUACAUGACCACGUAUUAAGAUAUAUAGCUAACAAAAAGGACGAUAAAUGUGACCAGCCCAAGGAAUUUCCUAAAGCUCAGAUUUUGAAAUUUUAUCUUCCUGAAGGAAUAGAAAAAUCCAUAUCUGUAGCCACAUCAACAGUUGAAGAGAUUUCAAACGACAUUGACAUGGAGUGUUUUACUUUCGAAAAUUUUGGAACUGAGCUGAUCAAGAAGAAUAAAAUGAGCCCUGACAGUUUUAUACAAAUGGCGAUGCAGCUCGCGUAUUACAGAAUUCAUGGGAAACCUCCGGCCCACUAUGAAUCUGCAGGACUGCGCAGAUUCCGUGACUCAAGAACCGAAUGCAUCAGAUCCACUUGUGUAGAAUCUGUUCAAUUUGCACAGGCAGUGAUUAGCGGCAACACUUCAAAAUUGCAAAAAAAAGAAGCAAUGAUGAAAGCUAUAAAUGCCCACAAAAAAUUAGCUGGGGAGGCUGCUACAGGUCAAGGUGUAGAUCGGCACUUAUUUGGUUUGAAAACCAUAGCAACGAAAGAAGGUUCAACCCUUCCACAAAUUUUUACUGAUGUUGGAUACAAGAGGAGCACACAUUUCACUCUAACAUCUAGCCAGGUUCCAUAUAAGACUGCCUCAUUCAUGUGUUACGGACCUGUAACACCAGAUGGAUACGGAUGCUGCUAUAAUCCACGACCUCAAGAUAUACGAGUGUCUUGCUCUUCUUUUAAUGCGUGUAAAGAGACGUGCACUAAGAAAUUUGCAGAAGUAUUGCAACAAUCGUUCUGCGAUAUGAUGGAACUAGCCGCUGAAUGUUGAAGCGCCAAUAUUUGCAAUUAAAACUAUCAUAUAUGGCAUAAUCAUGAUUUUUUCUACAAAGGGACGUGUUUUAUAAAUUUGUAUAUUGUUCAAGUUUAAAUAAAUCUAAAUAAUACUAAA